UAGAUAAUUCAAUGGGCGACCUCCAAAAAACAAUUUAUUUCAGUACUUUACUGUUAUCUUUGGUGAUUAAAAACUCAUAUUAUUGGGUAAAAAUUAGAAUGUACUAUUCAGCUUGCUAUGAAGCAGGAAGACAAGCUUUCUAAUAACGGACAAGGAAGAUGACUCCCAGCACAGAGUGAAUGAGGGUGACUCCGUUGUACUGAAACGGGGAGACAUCCAACGUUCCAAAGCUGCGGAUUCAAAAGAAAAAGUAUGAGAACAGUGUGAUGGUCCUAAGGCCCUCUUGUUGUGUCCUGGCUAUGAUGUAGCAUGGCAGAGAACCAGGGAAGAUAUGGCUAUGGGUCAGUGAUGCAGAUGUACCCAGGAGGAGGCCCUGCGAAGGCGGGGGCAGAGAGCUUUGGCUUCCCCUCCCACUUCCACGAUAUGCUCCAUGAGCUUCCCAUCUGUCAUGUCAACGCACUGCUGGCAGGGACACUGGACACGGAGGCUAAAGACAUAGACAUGCUGGACAGGCCAAUGGAGACAAGUCCAACCUGACCCAGAGAAAGCAGAAGGCAAUGGGGGCAGCCCAGACACAGAGGACCAGAGCAUGGAGACUAGUACCAGUACAUACCCUGCCGGGGACAAGGAGAGAGAGGAGAGGGAGAAACGGAGAGAGAUCAACACAUAGUGAAGCAGCAAGGUAGCCUAGUGGUUAGAGCGUUGGACUAGUAAGUGAAAGGUUGCAAGUUCAAAUCCCCAAGCUGACAAGGUACAAAUCUGUCAUUCUGCCCCAGAACAGGCAGUUAACCCACUGUUCCUAGGCUGUCAUUGAAAAUAAGAAUUUGUUUUUAACUGACUUGCCUAGUAAAAUUAAGGUAUAUAUAUAAAAAAAAGUUGUCUCUGUUAUUUGUCACACUUCCUGGUGCUUGUGUGCUCCAAAGAUUUCAACGGUGUGCAAUUGAAGAGCAACUGUGUGUUGCGUUUCAGGCCCAGGAGAAGAGGGAGAAGAGGAAGAAACUGCUGCUGCAGGCGUGCCGGAGGGUAAGAACGCAGACGGGUUGGUGAUAGCCAGUCGGGUUCCACCCCUGUCCAGUUCUACUGUCUAGUUCUACUGUCCAGUUCUACUGGGCCUCAUCAAGUUCCUCGCCCCCUCCAGAACCUUUGCAGUGUACUUUCAAUAUAAAGAGCCUCUGAUUGAUUGCUAUACAAAGCUCAGGGAACAAGGCGGAGCGGUCAGCCUGCCUGGAUCAGACAUUACCAGGUGUUGCCUAACAGGACGCACCCUGUGCUCUUGAUGAGUAGGGGCGGUGCUUACCUCCUCUCCGGGAUGACCGUUGCUACAGAUACGACUAAAGACAGGCUCAACUACAGCAGAAGAGCCGGCCACAAAGAGACGAACUCAGAGACCACAGAGGGAUGACACUAUUGAGGGAGGCCCAGAGUUUGUCUAAUUUAAAUCAUUGAUGACUUGAUUUACAUGUACUUGUGGCGGUGGGGAUAGAAUCACUGAAGUGUCUCUCCCUCCUGCUACCAGUUCUAAACUAUCAUGGUUGUUAUUCAGCCCUGGAGCUGCUCUCCAAAGCUCUAAGCUCCCAAAUGUAGCAUUUUGUUUGUAUUUUAUACUCUUUUAGCAGAAAGUGCCAUUUUGCUAUCACAGCCUCCUUACUGUGCUGCAUUAGUGGGAGUUUCAAUAAAUACAGUACGGUUAAAAUACUAUUACUUUUGAUAACCAACUGUGUUGCUGAGGUAUUAAAAUCCUGAGAUGCAUGUUAAAUUUGG